UUGUUUUUGUAACAUCGAUUGUGGCCAUGCCCCUUCAGCAGAACAAGUGCUUAUUAACACUCAGUUAUAAUUAAAUUUGGAAUAUAUUUUAUCGACAUGCAAUACUCAUGUUGCUAUAAAAUCUAUAAGUUAAAGAUGCACAAUCCAAAAUUUCGCAAUUGGAGCGCUUGAAUUAAGGAAUAUGACUCUUUGGUGGAUGAUAAAUGGUCUUUUGAUCCUGUGGACAGUAUCAGUGGGCUCAAAGAAAAGCAACUAUGAAGUCCGCUUUGAGUCGAUAGAUGCCGUCAACGGCAGUACCGAAACCCUUUUCCUAUACCAGAUACGAUUGCUCGGCAGAAACCGCAUGAUAAAUGGAAGUCUUAUUUUCUUAGAAGACUUGGACGAUACGUUCGACGUCCUUUUCGAAUCCCACGCAUUCAAGAAUGGUGGUUGGGUCAAGGGAAUCGUGAACGCCGCCAUCAAGCCCUGCGAAUUUUUCACUCGCUACUACAUUUCCUAUUUCCGAAUAAUAUCGCCCGAAUCGAAUUUACCCACUACCGGUGCUGAAGUUUGUCCUUUUCGAAAGGGUACAUAUUAUGUGAAAAACGGCGUUGUUUCUACCGAAGAUUGGCCACCCAUUCUCUUCAAGGGUCUUAACAGAUACUCCAUUUCGUAUCUAAAAAAUGGCGAAAGUACUGGGGGAGUUCAGUUUACAAUUAGUAUAACAGAAACUAUCACAUAG